UUCAAUGAUAAUGAAUUCCACAAAUUUGAGUGGGAUCAAUAUCAACAGGGCUUGAUAUUGGGUUCAUUUUAUUGGUUACAUUGGUUAACACUGCCUGGUGGUAUAUUGGCUAAAAAUAUGGUACUAAAAUUUGUGUUUGGUCUCUCCAAUGUUAUCUGUUGCUGGAUGUGUUUCUUUAUACCAAUGACCGCCAAGUUAAGUGUUACAGCUCUUAUAGUGCUAAGAACCAUACAGGGAGCAAUAGCAGGAUUAACUUGGCCGGCCAUGCAUGUACUCAUUGCCAAAUGGAUACCACCCGAUGAGCGUAGUAAAUUUGUUACGGCCUAUUUUGGUAGUUCUAUAGGCGUGGCAUUUUCAUAUCCACUCUUUGCCUAUAUGAUGCAUUAUAUGUCCUGGAAAUGGGUAUAUUUGUUUUGUGGUAUUUUCGGUACUUUAUGGUGGCUAUUAUGGUUGGUUUUGGUCUAUGAUAGUCCAGCUCAACAUCCACGUAUUUCGAUAUCAGAAUUAAGAUAUAUAGAAAAGGCUUUGGGUUCUAGUGUUCAACAAGAAUGUGAGAGUGUGCGUACACCCUGGAAAGAAAUAUUAACCUCAAGACCUGUAUGGAUGAAUGUAAUUGGUCAGUGGGCUAAUAUUUGGGGCCUAUUUACACUGAUGACUCAGUCACCGACCUAUUUUAAAGUUAUACAUAAUUGGGAUAUAAGAGCGAUUGGCAUAUUAUCGGGAAUACCUCAUAUUUUACGAAUGUUUUUCGCCUAUAUAUUUUCUUUAUAUGCCGAUUAUUUGUUAAGAACUAAUAAAAUGGAACAAACUAAUUUGAGAAAAUUUGCCACAGCCAUAUGCACAGUUGUAAUGGGUCUAGUGAUAUUGGCUUUGGCUUAUUUAGGACGUAAUCCCAUAUGGGCUGUAGUAUUAUUAUCAUUGGCCACCAUGUUACAAGGUACUUCUUCUACAGGACCCAUGUCUUCUAUGAUCGAUAUAGCACCCAAUUAUGCUGGUAUAAUCUUUGGUCUAUGUGGUACCAUAGCUUGUUUACCGGGGUUCAUAUCGGCCUAUAUAGUAGGGGUUUUAACAUUGGAUAAUCAAACUUUUGAAGCCUGGACCAAUGUUUUUCUCAUUUGUGCUUUUAUGCUAAUUGGCUGUGGCGUUCUUUAUGUUCUCUUUGCUGAUUCGUCUUUACAGAAAUGGAAUAAUUAUUCUCAAUAUAAUGCUGUAAAGGACAUACAACUGAUGGAAAAGAAUGAGGAAUUACGAGAAAAUUCAUAUAGUACUUGAUUUAAAGAGAGGCUUUGUUUAAAAUUAACUUUUAUAUUUCGUUAAAAUUGCAGUAUUUAUUAAAAAAAACGUGA